AUGGCGUCGCCGCUCAAUGCUCCGGUGCCGGAGCCUGAGGAUGAGCUCGCCAUGGAGAAAAAUGCCGGCCUCAUAAUGGGUACUAAUAACAGCAGCAUUGUCUCCAAGCGAAGUGUUGAAAAGUUGUAUCUUCCUCAGCCCCACUUCUACAGGUACUUUGUACGGAAGCCUCAGCGAAGGUCGCCUACUAUCAACCGUGGGUACUGGCUCCGAAUGAGAGCGAUUGACUGGGUUGUAAGGCAAUUCUUGGAGAGACCCUCGGAGCAGAGGAAGGUUAUUCUAAACUUGGGAUGUGGGUAUGAUCCAAUUCCAUUCCAAUGGCUCGCACAGUAUCGCGAUGCAUGCGACAACACGAAAUUCAUUGAUAUCGACUUCAAAGAGCUCAUGCUCAGUAAGCGAGAGAUCAUACUCAACACGCCCAAGAUGAAGGAUCUACUGUCGAAUCCCACAGCAGCAGCGGGAAGUGAUGUCCUGCUUGACAGCGAGGAAUAUGCUGCAAUUGGAUGUGAUCUCCGGAACCUGAAGAGGUUAGAACGACUCCUCAAAACAGUUGUCGAUAUCGAUCAGUGUCUCGUUCUAUGUCUUGCGGAAGUCAGUAUCACAUAUAUGUCGGUUGAUGAUUCCGAUGCUCUGAUUGGCUGGACUACGAAUUUGUCGCCCGAUGUAACAUUUUGCCUGUUGGAACAGCAGUCCCCCGAUCGAGCUGAUAAUCCCUUUACUGCAACGAUGCUGAAACAUUUUGCAAAACUUGGAACUCCGCUUCGCUCUGUCCUCACGUACCCAGGCUGUCAUACUCAGAUAUUACGUUUCCAAAAUGCAGGUUAUACCCUGAUCGAAAUACAAAACCUGUGGGAGCUAUGGGCCGAUCCACGCUUCCUAUCACCCACACAGAGGAUGUCCUUAGAUGAGGUGGAACCAUUUGAUGAAUGGGAAGAAUUUGCCUUAUUCGCAUCGCACUAUUGCUUGAUUGUCGCACAGACUGGGCCGGACCCGCUCAUCCCAGAACAACCGAAGUCAAGAAGAGCGUCGAUCGACAGCUUUGCAUCGGAUAUGAGCACUCGCACUGUCUCGCCUUACCGGGGUAAAAGUCAGUGGUUCGCAUAUACGUAUUCCCAAAAUCCCGAGCGAGAGGGUAGAACUCACCACGGCUCCGCCUUUGGCGUACCUAAUGAAGAUGCAAUUGGUCUGUUUGGUGGAAUUGGUCAACAGACUAGACUGUCGACGACUUCUGUCUACACAUCUGCCGACAACAAAGACAUGAUCAUGCCCGCACUACCUCCCGAGGACAUCGGAGCAAGAUCUUGCCAUACCAUCACAACCAUGGGAAACGGCCAAAAUAUUCUGGUAGGUGGUCGUGCAUCCCCCUCAGCGCCGAUGAGGGACUGCUGGCUGCAGACCGGCUCCAAGUGGGAACGCAUACAGGACCUCCCAGAGCCUCGGUUUCGACACAGAGCCGCUGCUGUCGUAUUGCCUGACAAUAAAUAUGGCAUUGUGGUCUUUGGCGGAAGGACUUCUGCCACCAAAGUUGCUAUUGACGUUCUCUUGUGGGAUAGGCAAAAUGGCUGGCAGAAGUUAAAGUCCCUUCGGAGCGACCCGAUGCCACGUUUCGGUGCCAGCUUUGUUCGAUUAGGAUACAAUCACGGGUUGCUAUUCGGCGGCAUGAGACAUGAUGGAGUUAUCUGUCAAGGCCUAUGGCGUUGGAGGCUGACCAUCAGAGACAACGUCGUUGCGGGCAUUAGUUUCAAAACCUCCACAGCUCUGGAUACAUCUGCCGGGAUUUUCCCGUGGCUUGCGCGACUUGGGGCAUCCUACAGUGUGAUCAGAAAUGAGCUGCUCCUCAUCGGCGGGGUUGCUAAACAAGGCUGUAUUCCCAAAGAUUACGAGAUUUUGUCUAUUCUCGGGAGUUUCUCUGCUUUCGGCGAAUAUGAGAAGGAGAUGGAACUAAGGGUCGCCUGCGUGUUGCCAAAGAAGGACCCUGACGUCCCUCGUCCCUUUCUGAUCGGGCACAGCACGCAUCGCACAGUGAGAGAAACCACCCUGAUUGUUGGUGGAGGGGCGACAUGCUUCAGUUUUGGAACGUAUUGGAACCAAGGAUGCUGGCUGUUGUACGACAGAGAAUCAGGGGUGAGCUCACAUUGGGCACUCGUCAAACCCAAAUCGUCAAAAGCCCUCAACACACCCGCCCGUAAAGAAGGCACAAUUCAUGACCCGAUCAUGGUAGACGCCAUUCACCCUUGCUCGGAAACCGAUUUCCUCACAGUGCUCAGGGACGGCAAACCCCGACUGCUGACUGGACUAGAUCUCGGGCCCUGUGUGUCGCUCUGGACGUCAUCAUAUCUCCUCUCCAAAAUCCCACCAUCUCAAAACGUCGUGGUCCACUCCGCCACCAACCGGACCAUGAAUUUCCAACGGAAAGACUUCACCUAUACGACACUGACCUUCCACAACUUCAUCAAAAUCCUUCAAAGCAACCGCGAGGCACAUAUGUACCUGCGCUCACUCUCCAGCAACAAUCCAACCCAAGCGCCGGCGAUAUUCGACAAAGACUGGCCUUCUCUCGCUGGUGACGUCCACCUUGACUAUCCAUGUCUAGCCUUCAUCCACAGGAACAAGCAUAGCAGUCCCCUCCGCGUCAGCGCGAACGUGAACAUGUGGCUGCACUACGACGUGAUGGCGAACGUGCUGUUCCAGAUCCGCGGGACCCGGAAACUCAUCCUGUUCCCACCGGAGGACAUCAAGCACCUGUCGUUCCCCGCUGGCUCUACCACUUCAACACUUGACAUCCUCGAACCGUCCCAGCACCCGGGGAGGGAGGAAGACCAGCUGAGACCCAUACCUGAUACACACCCUCACAUCGCGGUCCUGCGGCCUGGAGAAGCAUUGUUCAUCCCCCCGCUGUGGUCCCACACGGGGACGCCUCUGCCCGUUCUGCCCGGGACCCCGAGCGCGUCAUCACGUUCGGCCGCCUCGAUCACGACAACACUCGCCGACGCGGACUCCGACGCAGCCAACUCCCACAUCAACGUCUCCCUGAACGUGUUUUUCCGCAGCCUUUCGUCCGCCAAAUACCCGGCGGGCCGCGACGUCUACGGCAACCGCGAUCUCGCCGCGUAUGAAGACGGCAGGCGUGAUCUCGACAAGAUCGUCCGCCGCUUCAUCUCCUCCUCCUCUUCCUCCUCCACCACCACCACCAACAACAACAGCAGCAACAACGCAGCCAUCCAAUCCAAAAAUAGAAACCCGUCUCCCAAAAAACCACAAGAAAACGGAACCACCCCUCCGCCGCAGACAGCCUCAUCGUCAUCGUCUGCAGACAAGGGAGGCAUCCCCAAAGCCUUGACAAAAGCAUAUCUCGAACGCCUGGCAGACGAAUUGAGGGAACGAGCAGACCGCCUAUGA